CGAAUUCCCCCCCGCGAGCGUGACAUUUUUAUUGUGAUGCUUGUUUCUGUCGUGUCUUUCUUUCGUUUGAGGCAAAUCUAACUAAAAGCGCAAACCUUUACGAAAUAAUUAAGUAUUGUCUACUGGUGUGAUAUCGAUAUUAAUAUAAAGUUGAUUUGUGUUGGUGUUUAGUGAGUGCUCCUUCGUCUAUUUUGGUGUCUUCUUUUUGAUUUUGCACAGUAGUAACAAAAGCUUUUCUGAAUAAAGUUAUGCUUACUCUUUUGUGAAAUACCUAAGUGGACAGAUUAAUAGUUUUGUGAGUGCGGUUAUAAAGAUAUCACUAUGCCGACGAGUGCAGUGUAUCAACCAACAACAGUAACCUAUGAACAGCAGCCGAGCGAUCAGCGAUGGAACUGCCCUAUGAGCUACUUCUCACGUCGUGUGACAAGCAGUCUUAAUAGGGCUACAUGUGUACGGAUUGGUCUAUGUUUACUGGGCAGCACACUUUUCAUUGUUGGUUUAGCAUUGCUGAUCGCGGGUGGAGUUCAGUAUUCUAACACACCUGCCUCAGACACGCCAGAAGGAGCCGACAAUGGCCUGGGGACGCUUAUCGCCGGAGCCGUCGUCCUUUGCUUGGGAUUGCUCUUUGCAGGUGUAGGCGGCUGGGCCUGCUGGUCAUCCAGAUGGGGCAUGGGCAAAGAAGCGCCUGCCAGCGGUGCGGCCGCGCUGACGGCGCUCAAUCCCUCCACCGACCCGCUGGUAGCGGCCCAAUAUGCGCCGGUGCGCGACGCGCCGCCUGCGCCUGAUGACGAAAUGCGCAACCUCAUGGACAACAAGGAGUGUUUGAGCAGCGCAGAGGAGAGCGACAAGAUGUUGGACGGCCGGCCCUCCGUGGCGUAAGGCCGACAGAACAGAUCCCCGAGCUUAGGCUAGUCCUAAAACAAUGUCCCCCUAAUUUGUGAACACGAUCGAGUAGUAGUAUAAGAACGGGAGCUGUGAGAGUAUUGAAUUUAUUUUUGCAGCUAGAUGUAUCGGUUAUAGGCUCUCGCCACGGCCAAAAGUACUUAUAAUAUCGCUCUAUCGUGUAACCGUGGUGUCCAUAAGGUUAAGGUGUUGCAUUUUAAGGUACAAAGUUUGAACACGUGUGUAAUGGUAAGAGUAGACGAGAGUGCUUGUAAGAUAUUUUUUGUAUCAUGUACCCAAUACCUUGCACUAUUUGCCGAUCAUUUAAAAAAGAGGCAAUCAAAACGUUUGAUUAACUGGAUACUUAAUUUAAAUUAGAUACAUAAGCACAAAUUACUCGAAAAUGUUAUUAUUUUAAAAUUGUUCGAGCUAAACUUUUCGACGUAACUACCUAUUUAAUAUUUAUAGUGUCUAAAACUAUUCGUAAUUUCAUACACCGUAGGUGUUGAUGGUCUUUUUGCUUUGCAGAAUCGUUUAAGCUUUUGGUAGUAUUUGUCUUCAUUGAUUAAUAAAAGUAAUUAGUAAAAGACAAGUGGCCAAAUUAUCGUCCAGAUUAGAAUAUAUAUACUUAAAUGAGGAUACUUAUUGUAUUUUAUUAAGAUUCUAUACUACUUAACUAAAUCUCUAGUUUUCUUGAAACUUCAUACGAUACAUUUCGCAUUCUAAAAUAAGUAAAAUAAGGUUAAGUAUAACUUUCACAUAAAUAGCGAUUGCAAUAGUUUAUUUGUUACAAAAAGACAAAAUUACGAUAAAGAUAAUAAUUAUAGUGCAUAAUCGAUAAACUUGCACUAUAAUAUUAUGUAUGUUAUUCUCACUACACACUUCUCAACUAUUUUAUUUAUUUUAUAUCAGACUUUGUCUGUUUUUUUCAUCCAUGGUUGUUAAAACACUUAUUUUCAGUUAACUUUAUUUGGAUACCGUCCUUUUUAUUAGAUUUAAGGAUCAUCGUAGCUACCUAUUUUUUUAUAGUAAGGACAAUUUAGUGGAUAUGACAAAGUUCGAUGCAUAUUGACGGGGUUUACUUUAUUUUAUAUUUUUUAAAUGGACGUUAACACUGUCGCCCUUAACAUCUGAUAUUUUUUUCUACGCAUCUUCUCUUUUGCAUUUCAAUAAUUUAUCUCAUUUCAACUUCAAUCUCUAACUAAUUAUAAACUUAAUACGAAUUAUUAUUGCCCUCUAAUAAUGAAGAACUUGUUGUGAAAUGCUUACUGAAAAAUUAAAUAGGUGUUCAGUUGUAAUGUUAUAUGUAUUUAAAAUUACAUUAAUUUAUUAGUUUAUAAAGACAGCUCUCUUAUUAUUUUACUAAAAAUAAGUUACACAACAUACCUAAAUAGGAGAGAUUGCGCAGAGAAGUUUAAUGGCUAGUUGAUUAAUUAAAAACGAUAAAAUCGCAAUUUUCGAAGACGCGCUCGAUUUUAGCGAGAGCGCAAUUACAAUUUAUGCAUAAUAUUGCAAUCUUUUAAUCACAAAUAACAUGCAAUAUAUCAAUAUUAUUACUAGUUUUACACAAAGUUUUAUUUACUUGCGAAACUUGUAUUAUUAUUUCUACAUUUGAUAUUUAUAAAUUAUUAUUAUGUAAGAUUACAUUUUCGAAACGGUUUUUUAUGUUAUUUCUAGCAAUUUGAAACAUAUUUUAUUAUUCAAUUAUUUUUGUUAUUGUGUGUAAACUGUACUUACUGGACAUAUUUCAUGUUUUAUUAUAAAAUAAAAUGUAAGUCAGAUGUGA